AUCGUCUCAAAAAAUGAGAGAAGAAGAGUCUUCUGCUGACCGGAAGGACUGGGAAGAAAACAACAUCAGAUGCUGCAGUCCGUGCCAGUAAACGAGUCACUUGAUCCUCUACAUUAAACCAUGGGAGCUGAUAAAAGGCUGAGUCGGGGUGAACGUAGUGGAAGAUAUGGCUCGGAUGGGAGGAGAGAUGAUCCAGAAUGGCAUGAAAGACGGAGCAGAGAUAUGGAGAGGGAUUAUGAUCGACGAUGGGGUGAUGAUAGACACCGGGAGCGCUUUGAUGAGCGCAGAGACAGAGACAGUCCAGAGCAGAGGGGCCGAAAACGACGCAAUAGUGACAGAUCCGAUGACGAAUACGAGGGAGAUUAUCCAGACCAGGACUACAAAAUGGAGCAGGAGGAGGAGAGCAAGACUAUAAUGCUGAGGGGUCUCUCUCUUCAUGUCACAGAGGAUGAUAUCCGCUCAGCGCUCGAGCAGCUGCAGGGGCCCCAGCCUGUGGACAUACGCUUGAUGAAGAAAAGGACAGGUAUAAGCCGAGGUUUCGCCUUCGUGGAGUUUUAUCACUUGCAAGAUUCUACCCGAUGGAUGGAGACCAAUCAGAACAAGUUGGUGAUCCAGGGGAAGAGCAUCGCGGUGCACUACAGCAACAGGAGACAGAAGUUUGAAAACUGGCUUUGCAAUGCAUGUGGUCUGUACAAUUUCCGGAAGAGGCUGAAGUGCUUCAGGUGUGGAGCGGCCAAAGUUGAUGGAGAGUCACCAGGACUAAGUGGUUUAAAUGCAGAGUCUCAACAGCCAGGAGAUUACAAUGGAGACACGAUCAUUUUGAGAAACAUUGCCCCUCUUUCAACGGUUGAUGGGAUUUUGAACAUACUGGCCCCCUAUGCCAAUCUAUCAGCGGGAAACAUCCGCCUCAUCAAAGACAAGCAAACAGGACAGAAUAGAGGCUUUGCCUUUGUUCAGCUCUCAUCUCCCUUGGAGGCUUCUCAGCUGCUCACCAUUCUUCAGAGCCUUCAGCCACCUCUAAAACUGGAUGGAAAAACAAUUGGUGUGGAUUAUGCCAAGAGUGCUAGGAAAGACUCAGCGCAGCCUGAUGGGAUCAGAGCCAGUGCUCUCUCUGUUGCCAGCACAGCCAUCGCUGCCGCUCAGUGGUCAUCCAGCCAGUUACAGCAAGGUACGGUCACUACCUCUGAUUACGUCGCUCUACCAGAGGGCUAUGCACAGCAAACACAGGGACAAAGUUAUCAAGUGUGGCAGCAGCAGCCGGAAGCAUUGGCUCCUGUCAUUGGAGAUGGAUUACUCGGAGCUGCUCCAGGAAUCAAGACAUUGAUCCCAGCAGCCACAGGUGUGGUCAUAUCCCAGACGGCUCAGGUUUACCAACCUGUUAUUAUCAGCCAGCCUGCCAUACAGGCACAUCAGUUAGUGAGGCCCGCUGAUGCAGCACAACAGAUUGCUAGUGUUUGCACUGCACCACUGGUAACACCAGCAGCUUCCACUGUUGCGGCUACUGUCUGUGCUGCCCCGGCUGCCAACACAACAGUAGCUGCCCCUGACACCUCCACAUACCAGUAUGAUGAGUCUUCAGGUUACUAUUAUGACCCACAGACUGGCCUGUACUAUGAUCCCAGCAGCCAAUACUACUAUAACUCCGAGACUCAGCAGUACCUCUACUGGGACAGUGAGAAGGAGGCGUACAUUCCUGCACCGACUGAAUCGGACACAAGCACAGAACAAGCGUCGGCUAACAGCUCCUCAGCCACGAACAAUAAAGAGCCCAAAGAGAAAAAAGACAAGCCCAAAAGCAAGUCUGCACAGCAGAUCGCAAAGGACAUGGAGCGCUGGGCAAAAACCUUAAAUAAGCAAAAAGAAAGUUUUAAGAGCAGUUUCCAAAGCUUGGGAGCAUCCAAGGAGGAAGAGAGGAGAGAGUCUGCAGCUGCCGAUGCAGGUUUCUUCCUCUUUGAGAAAAAGCAAAUGGGAGGCUUUGAGAUGCCGUUGUUUAUGACUGAACAACUCAAGAUCACAGAGCAGGAGACUACAGCUAAGAGCAGUCUGGUUGCUGCUUACAACGGAGACAGUGACCCAGAGGAGGGCAGCUCAGAUAAAGCACCCGAUGACGAGGGAAAAAUAACAGACUGGAAGAGGAUGGUUUGCCUGCUGUGUCGACGGCAGUUCCCCACCAAGGACGCUCUGCUGCGUCACCAGCAGCUCUCCGACCUUCACAAGCAAAACCUGGAAAUUCAGAGAAGAUCGAAGCUUUCAGAAGCUGAGCUGGAGGAGCUGGAGAGGAAAGAAACGGAGCUGAAGUACAGAGACAGAGCUGCAGAGAGAAGGGAGAAGUAUGGUGUUCCUGAACCUCCAGCACCGAAGAAGAAGUUCUAUCAACCACCAACCCCCACAGUAAACUAUGAACAGCCCACCAAAGACGGCCUCACGAGUGAUAACAUUGGAAACAAAAUGUUACAAGCGAUGGGCUGGAAGGAAGGCAAAGGUCUGGGGCGCCACCAACAGGGCAUCACUGCUCCCAUCUCGGCUUCAUUAAGGACCAAGGGCACAGGCUUGGGUAUUAAAGGCAGCUCAUAUGAACUCUCAGCAUCUGACACCUACAAGGAUGCUGUUCGAAAGGCCAUGUUCGCACGCUUCACCGAGAUAGAUUGAACCGGAGAGAGAAAAGUUAUCAUACUGAAGUGGGAGAUGUUAAUUUCGUGGCCAAAUGAUCCGACUGUGAAAAGGAAGAGUUGAAUGUAAAUGCUGUAUAGUGUUUGUACAUACAAUUAUGUGGACCUGCUGAGGUUUUGUUUCUGUGAAAAUCUAAAGGAUCAAUGUGACAAUUAAACCUGACCUUUGUGCU